UCGGGGUCUCGCUCGGGCUCGAGAGCGCGCGAUGCCGCCCGUCAGUCGCUCGAAGCCGGUCGUUAGUUCGCGUUGGUCUGCCCGAACACGGGCGGCGGGCAGGUGUUGUUUCCGUGACUCGUGAGAGAGGGAGAGAGAGAGAGAAAGAGGGCGAACGGGGUGAAGUGUGAUCGAGCGGUACACGUCAAAGUGCUCCCAAGUUUUUCGAUCACGGAAUGGCAGCGGUUUCGUGCCGGGCGAUAUUCGUCGUGAGAUGGUGCGAGAUGAGCCGCGUGUUGACUGCCACAUCCUGCCUGACCGCGACGAGGAGGUACCGAAAGGAAACGUGGUGCAGACGAUGGUGGCACAUUUCACAAAGGAGUCUGUCCCUAUCGGCCAAUUCUUAUUCGCCAAGGUUAAGUCCGCUUCUGAUGAAGCAACUGAAAGAGCCUAAACCCACGGAAAAACAAGAAACCACGAAAAAAACUGCAAGAGCUACGUCAGAGGAUUUUGAAAGUUCCGGUUCGGAUGUCAUCGUGGCAUAUCACCAAGGGCUUCCCAGAAUCACGGUGCCUCUUCCAUCCAGAAGAGAAUAUUGUUCGUUCACCAUGAAACCAAUAACACACACGGUCGGCAAUUUUUUAGAUAUGUUGAAGACGGAAGAUCGCGGUAUUGAUCGAGCAUGCAUAACAUCAUUAGAUGGUGUCAGGAUAUCUUCCAGUAAUACGAUAGAGUCGCUUUUAGAAGAGGAUUUUAAAUUAGUAAUAAACGAUAACGAAUACGUUGUUUCACCGCCGUUGCAAGAAAGGUGCACAACGGAGGAUCUACAAAAACUUGGAGACGUACAAGCACUUGUCGCACAAUUGUACGAAGCGUUCAAUGUGCGAGAAUAUCACAUCGAUAUGGAAAGAUCGGUUAUAACCGAGCUGGAAGAUAUUAGAUUACAACUAGAACCCAUGGAACAGAAAUUGCAAGAAAUACAAAAUGCUGCUUAUAAGAAAGCGAAUUUCUUUAUCUGGACGUUUCUAGUCAUGAUGUCAAUCCAAUUUGGAGCAUUAGCCCGAUUAACCUGGUGGGAAUAUUCAUGGGAUAUAAUGGAGCCCGUCACUUAUUUCGUUACUUAUGGCACUACUAUGAUGUGGUUCAUUUAUUAUCUCGUCACCAGACAGGAAUAUAUGCUGCCGGACGUGUUGAAUAGGCGUCAUCUCAUAGUCCUUCAUAGAAGAGCACGAAAGAUGGGUCUGGACCUUAAUUUGUACAAUGCAUUAAAGGAUCGAGCCUACGAAUUAGAAACCACUUUGAAAGUUAUUCGCGGUCCUUUACACGAGUAUAAGACUCAAAUGGAGCAAAAGAAACGUGCCAGAUCCAGCUCUAGCAGUAGUUCAAGAUCGCCGAGUUCCUCGCCUAGUCCCAGCCCCAGCCCCGACAGAGAUGUUCCUAAAACCACGCCAGAACUGAACGCUCCGAAGAAACAUCCCGACGAGGGGUGGUCUAAAGUUUAGUUAAAGUGGGUGCAAGUUAAAUCAAGUUCUGUUAAAUUCAGUUCAAUGUGUGGAGUGUGCGAUGAAAAAUUAGUAGUAACGAAAUCAACGAUUACCGAUCGCACUUAAGUCGGCAUUAUCUUUUUCCAACGAAGUUACUGGAUAUACUCGAAGAAAAGAGACUUAUUCAAAGUCGCGCGAUGCACUCAGGGUAAUUUUUAAGUCCGCUAAAUCGGUGCUGAACGCGAACGGACUGCGAGGCAAAGGAGAAUGUAAUUUAUUUUUGUGUUUGUGUGCGUUUGCGUAUAAAGAAAUCUAGAGUGAUAUCUUCAGAUCUCGACUCAGUCUUCCAAGUAGUAUCGGCGGCAACCCUCACAGGCAUUAAAAUGUCGCGAUUAUCGAAUGCUCAAUGCUGUCGACGUGUUUGGAAGACGUUAGAGAAAAAUAUAGAUUAUAAUUAUACCAGGCAUCAUAAAUGUCAACAAUGAUAAAGAAAUAGAUGAGCAGUUUUCGAAUCAGCUAGUACUUUGACAGAAGUAACAUUUUAUAACAAAUUUUAUAAUAGAUAUUAUGUUUAAUUUGAGAUACAACAUAUGAUCAAAAUGACACAUGUCAAAGUUUUUAUUUUCGAAAAUACUUUUUUAAAAUAUUAAGGCAUUUAUGACGCCCAGUAUAUGUUAACUUAUUGUAUUUUGAUUAACUCUUUGUUGUAUUUAAUGUAAUCGAGAGGUUAUUUCCUGAAAGAUGUUAACGGAUCAUUGUUGUAGAUUUACCUUAUCACACUUUAAACCGGCCAAUCAUGGCGCUGUCAGCACCAAUCCAAUCAUUAUCUCUCAUUCUCGGCCGAAUUAUAUUAUAAUAAAUCUCAAUGCAGUGGUGCUGUAGCUUGAAAUUCUAUAAUUAUAUAAUAAUGACAGUAAUUUUUGCGCAUUGGUGCAGACUAAAUGCAAUUGACUACAAAGUUAUUCAAAAUUAUAAUAUAAGUAUGUUGACCAAUGAAAAUUUAGUAGUCGAUUUGUGUAUACAGUGCAAAAUGUGUGUAAAACGACGGUUUUUAGUAUGCAUCGGUGCGCAUUAGUACAUCCAAUCGAAUUUGCUAUAAAAAAUAGCAAUUUAGAAAUUAACUGACAAGUAAUUAUUCUGUCACUACGAUAUAAUGCCUCGCGAAAACUGUGAGAAGAUUCUAAGAAAAUAAAUCUUCUGAAGUGUGUUAAGCCAUGUUAAGUGUAAAUUAUGUUUAUAAUUAUGUACAUACAAAAAUUAAAUU